UACAAAUAAUAUCGGAGAAGAGCGCAUUUAGGAAGCCCAAGAAAAAAGCGAUUUUGUUUUCGAUGUGCGUGGAAAUCAUUUCGCACGAAUGCUUUCGGUUACGGCUGAAUUUUAACUUCUAUAGUGAAGUUUAACUUUUCAUAGUGAAUCGGCAAUUUGAAGAGAAACCGCAAAUAACCUAAUAGAAAGUAGAAGAACCGAAUCUCCUGUCUAAUGGAGAUGCUGCUCGUUAUACAACUGGCUUUUCUUUGGGACCUGUCUUUGGGUAUUUCAGACGACGCAGUUAUUCAGUACAGUCGCACAGGAGUUGUGAAGGACAGUGGGGCUAUGAAGGAGGCUGUCUGGGUCAACGGUGUUUCAGUAGGUCUUCUCCACGACGGGGUGUACAAUAUCACCACCACUGCAAUAUCCAUCGAUUCACUGAUAACUGUAGAGAAUAACAGUUCCUUUCCAAACAAUCUCAACUACAUUCCUUUGCGGGAGUGCAGACUGAAAGGACAACGAGUUGUUUUGUGGUCCAACCAGAAUGGCAAAUAUAUUUUGGCUUUAUAUCCAGCCAACGACACAUGGACGGCGCAUGAGCCUCAGCGAGGUACUUUGGGGCAGAUAUGGAAUCACGAUACUGCGCGCUCUAUUGUAAAGGGUUUGCAGCUAGAGGAGGAAUGUGCCAAACUAUUGGAAAAGCUCCAUUACCUCGAGAAUUCAGAUGGAAUGUACAUGAUCACCGUUGUGGUUCUCCUGCUAGCAGCAGUAGUCUUCACUGGUCUUAUCUUCCUAAGCUUCGUGAUGUCCAAAAAACAUGCAGCACAAGUUGGAGGUGUUCUGGGUUCCAUCAUCCACUACCCUACACAUUCUUUGGGCAUGUCUUUUGAGGGACACACCAAACACAUACCAUGUAACAUACCUUCAGUGUCUAGAGUUCCCUACUAACAGGGUGAGGGUUACCUCUUGGAAGCAUUCACCUUGCUAAAGGAUGCUAAUGUCCUCUGGACCUGGUCUACUGGUGGUCCCUCAAACCAAGAUUAUUAUGGGAGCCACUAUUGGAGAUGGAUCAUUCAGCAGUACAAUGUCCUUGUGACUGUGUUCUGCAGUAUUUUCAGUCCCAGCGGAAAACCUAGCUACCUCUCCUAAUAUCACCUUUCCUCCUCUUAGCUUCUUAUUACAUUUUUCUGUGUGUGUGUCUUUGAUAUAAUACUAUAAAGUGACAUUGAGUGUGAGAAAGGCCCUAUUUUAUUAAUAAUAAUAAUAAUAAUAAUAAUAAUAAUAAUAAACUCAUUUUUUUCCAGCA